AUGGCAUGGUUCAGUCCGCUUCGUCAGACUUCGCCCCCGCCGAAACGAUCCCAAGUCCGGACAGCAUCGAGCGCGACUACGCAAAGCCCUUUGAUGGCCACGGCGACGAGUACCUCUGCCGCCAUAGCGACGCCGUGCGCCAACUGUACGACAAGACCGAACACUACGGCCGCAUCGUCCCCAUCCUCCAGCCUUGGGCUGUGGAAAAGUCUCGUUCCGUCGACCGGGUCCUCCGCAAGCACCACCCCGGGAUCAUACUCGCCCUCCGCGCGAUGGGAAACGACACAGCGAUGCCUGUCCGCGACAGCAUCGCCGCAGAUCUGCUCGGCUCGCCCCUCUCGCCGCCCGAAGAACUCCUCCUGGUGCCGUUCGAGCCCGAGGAUGCAUCGACCGGCGUUUCCGGGGCCUCCGAUACCGCACCCGCGUCCUCGCCUGAUUCGAAGCCUUUGCCCACUCUGCUGCGAUCCACGUCCGUGCCGUGACGACGUAUGGCGAGCCAUUGUCGGCGUGACUGACAACCCAGGCUAUCCCCGACGGUUCCACCACCAUCUCCACUUCGAGGCGAGCGGACCGACUCCCCCACCACGGCCCGCGCGACGCCAGGCGCUGCUCAAAAGGGGGCUGCGAAGCGCUGCUGCCUCUACCAGCGGUCUCUUUCACCGCCCGACGAGGCGGCAUGCCUGGCCUUCGAGGUAG